GAGCUGAUGCCAGAUCUGUUUCUGGUCACUUAUCCUGUACUGCUUGCACAAACUUCUCUGCUGAAGUUCCCCUUAAUUUUCCAGACUUUAAACUUGUUUUUUUGGGGCAAAGUUACACUGGACAUAGACAAUACUAGAGAGCACAGAAAUGCACGUGGUCUCCUGACCACACUAAUCUGCACAUAAAGGAGGCAGCAAUGGCCAUUCAAAGGUGAAUGCAUGGCUGCUUCGGCUUUAGGGUGUCAAUUAAGAGUAGUCUAAAAUAAGCUCUACAUACUGUCACACAGUAAAAAAACAUCUGGCAGAUGAAAAGAGACCCACCUACAGACAGUAAUACUAACCAGGAGCUCCAUUAAUGUCUUUGAGCAUUGGAGACACUAAAUAAGCACGAAGUUGUAUUUUUAUUUACUAUGCUGGUAGGAAAGAGGACACCACUUUACACACAUCAAGUCUCGGUCUAUGCCUUGUGGCUUGAGCUGUGUUGAAAGCUAGUAUCUGGCUCCACCUUUCAUCCCUUCUUGAAGGCUGCGAAUAACUUUCAGACAGUCUCUGUGCUUGCUGCUCCACAUCUUCCUCUUUCGCUCAGCAGAAGCAGGAAAAGGAGCCUGAUGUCUUGGCGUGAGCUUCUUCCCCCUUCCCUGGUGAUUUUAGCUGGAUUGAUUGGGAUCCUGCUGCUUUGUAUCACCACUAAAGAUGUGCAGAACCCUCCCAGGUGCAAGUACGGCAUUGUGCUGGAUGCUGGCCCAUCCCGCACUAUCCUGUUCAUAUACCAGUGGUCAGCCAGCAAAGAGAACAAUACUGCGGUGAUCAGUGAACAUCGCUCCUGUGCUGUGCAAGGUCCUGGAAUCUCCAACUACUCUGGAUCCCCAGAGGAAGCUGGGAACAGCUUAAAGCCAUGCCUCAACCAGGCACUGAAGGAAAUCCCUGAGGAACAGCAUGACCAAACCCCUAUCUAUUUGGGAGCAACUGCUGACAUGAGGCUGCUGAGCCUCACCAGCCUCACUGUGUCGGAUACUCUGCUUGCCGCUGUAACCUCCACGCUGAAGUCAUACCCCUUUGACUUUCAGGGGGCAGAAAUUCUGUCCAGUCAAAAUGAGGGGGUGUUUGGCUGGGUCACUGUGAACUAUCUCCUGGAGAACUUCAUCAAGUAUGGCUGGAUUGGACGGUGGAGCCUCUCCAGGAGGGGAACAGUUGGAGUCAUGACCAUAGGACGAGCCUCAACCCAGAUCACUUUCAAGAUCAAAGAAAGGAGCACAGAUCCUGAGAACGAGGUGACGCUGUGGCUGUAUGGGCAAGCACACAGGGUCUACACCCACCACUUCCUGUGCUAUGGCACGGACCAGCUCCGCAAGAGGCUGCUGUUGAAAGCAAUACAGGACCAUGGCUAUGUGAGAUAUGUGUCUAAUCCCUGCUGGCCUCUCUCCUAUUCCCGGGAAGUGCGGUUCGGUUCUGUGCAUGCUGGGCCCUGUACUGGAAGUAAUGCCUCUUUAAGAAUACCUACCUCUGAAGAUGUGUUUCACAUAAAUGGCUCCAGCAACUCUUCCGCCUGCAGGAAACUCAUGGGAAGUUUGUUCGACUCCUCCCUGUUCUGCGGCUUCUCACAUUGUUCCCCAAAUGGAGUUUUCCAUCCCAACAUAACUAGAUUUCUGGUGAUUUCUGAGGCUCUGGAUCUUGUGAAGAAGAUGACACCCUCCUCCGACCUGGGCCAGGCAGUCGACGUAUUCUGUGGGACAUCUAUGGAAGAGUUGAGAAAGAGGUUCCAGAUGAGACCAGACAUUCUUGCAGAUCACUGUUCCAUAUCCACGUUCAUCUACCAUCUAAGUACAAGGGGAUUCCUGUUUGACUUGGACAGCUCUGGCCAGAUUGCAUUCCAGGAGAAGGUUGGUAACAUAUCAGCUGGCUGGGCUCUUGGGUACAUGCUGAAUCUGACCAACACCAUCCCAGAGGAUAAGCCGAGCUACCUGAAAGGGAUUGAAUAUGGGAUCUGGCCCUUGCUCUUCAUCCUCUUUGUCCUGAUGCUCACUGGCUCCUUCACACGCAUCACAUACCGUGUGAUGGCUAAGGACAAUGGGCAGGACGGCAUCUUGGAAGAACUCUGACUGUUGUCCCAGCGGUUGUCAGCUCUCAGCAGAGGGCAAUUACAGGACAGAGAGAAUGAGAGCACACAAAGGAGUGGCCUGAAGAGACGAAGGUCUCUCCUGUGAGAUUUCUGAGACUUGGUGGGCUGCUACUAGGCUGCAGCAUUGCAAAUAGAGAUAGCAGCCCUUAUUCUGCAGGAAAUCUGGGAUUGCAGCUAGCUGGCAAGCUACACACUUUCCUGGACCCGUGGAAUGAGAGAUGCUGGAGAGCUGUUGCAUAGGUGUCAGAAAAAGCUCUUUAGUGUUUAAUUUUUUUCAUCCAAGCACUUUUCCAAGAGGCAAACAGCCAGAUGGGGCUUCCAGAGUUUGGCAUGGUGUUCAGCCAGCUGGGCCUCCCCACCAAGCCAGACAGGCGGUAAACAUGUAGUUUACACUGAUGCCAUAGAAAGUGCCAGGUAACUAGCCCUGAAUGCUGGGUACAUGCUGGUAGUUGUUUUCUGUGGAGCUCAGCAGGCAGAUCCCAGUGGAAGAGAUUCGGAUUUCAAUCACUCCUUGAGGUACCCUGAGGUAUCUCCCUGGCAGUCAGUUACUUCGGAUUUGCACCAUGGUGGCGGAUAGCUGAAUCAAUUGGAAAUCUGAAAAUAAUAGAAAUCUGGCCUGGCGCUCUCUUGAAACUCUGGCCCACAGAGACCACAAUCAAUAGUUUUCACAGGAAAAAUGGCUUCCCGAGCAAGCCUCAAAGCGAAGUGGCACACUAAUGCAACGAUUGUCAUCACAAUGGAACCAGGACAUUCCUGUCAAUUCUAGAAGGGCAGAGUGAACAUAUGAUCAGAUUGUGAAAAGAAUUUGCUGUAAAAGGUGCUGUUCCCGCCCAGAAGAGCAGAUCCUAUGUCCACUGAUUGGGAAUUGAAUGUCCUUAAAAUUCAGUUGUAAUGUAACUGCCAGUUCACUGUCAUGUUCCACUUACAAAAGUAGCUUUUCAACAUUGGUAGUAAUUUUCUGACUUUUUCAGCAUCUUAAUUUUAACAAAGAAAAUAUCCAUGCUUGUCUUCCUGACAGCCUUUUUCUUUCUUGUUACUGGGAAUCUUCAAAAAUGAAUGAUCUCUUUUUCUGGCUUUGGUGGUAUUAUGAUGUGUAUUGGGGUAGCACCUGGAGGUUCCAAUCAGUAUCUGGGCUUCACUGUGCUAGCACUGUAAAAAUACACAGAGUCAGCCCAUCCCAAAGUUCUCGCAAUCUAAGUACACAAUAGAGACAAAGGGUGGGAGGGGAAAUGGAGGCACAGAAGAUGAAAUGACUUGCCCAAAAUCAUGCAUCCAGUCAGUGGCAGAGCCAGGAAUGGAAGCCAGAUCCUCUGAUUUCCAGUCCAAUGACCUAUCCAUUAGACCAGGAUUAAAGUUAAGCAGUUAGUUUAUAUUCCAACAUCCAAAUUUCCUUUGGAGGGCUGCAAUAAUACCUGAGCACUUCUAGUGUGGUGUGCUAUUCCUGUAUUCCUGGAACAUGGUGCUUCUGGGAAUGAUGUCACAUCACUAGCCAAUCAUUGUCUCUGCUGCAUUACCAUCUUUCUUGGUACUAACCCUUCAUACAGUGACUUCAAUCCUAGGAAGAGAUGGUGGUUCUCUAGGUCAGUGGCUCUCAACCAGGGGUACGCAGAGGUCUUCCGGGGAUACAUCAACUUGUCUAGAUAUUUGCCUAGUUUUACAACAGGCUAUGUGAAAAGCACUAGCGAAGUCAGUACCAACUAAAAUUUCAUACAAUGACUUGUUUAUACUGCUCUAUAUGCUGUACACAGAAAUGUAUGUUCCAGUUGAUUUAUUUGAUAAUUCUAUGGUAAAAAUGAGAAAGUCAGCAAUUUUCAAUAACAAUGAGCUGUGACACUUUUGUAUUUUUAUGUCUGAGUGUGUAAGCAAGUAGUUUUUAAGUAAGGUGAAACUUGGGGGUCCGCAAGACAAAUCAGACUCCUGAACGGGAUACAGCAGUCUGGAAAGAUUGAGAGCCACUGCCCUAGGUAAAGACAUGGGUACUUUCAAACUCUCAUAAAAGAGCCCAGUGCUAUUGAGGAAGUUGCUUUCAAAGAAAUGGAAAGGAUAAAAUAAAAUAAAAUGUAAUCCUUCAACUAAAGACUUUAGGGUAUGAUUUUCAAAACUGACUUGGCCAGAUUCUUACAGGUAUUUAGAUGCCUGGGAUUUAGAUGCCUGGGAUUUAUUUAGAUAAAUACCUUUAACAGUCAGGCCCUGAGUGACUUAAGAACACGAGCUCCAAAAUUAAAAACAUUUGUGCUUCUAAGUCACUCAGGGUACAUCUGCACUGUAAUAAAAAUCCUCUCCCUCCUCGCAGGGUUUCAGAGCCCAGGCUCCAGUGCAAGCCUGAACAACGACACUGCAAUUCUUAGCCCCAAAGCCUGAGCCUUCUGAGCCCAAAUCAGCUAAUCUGGGUCAGCCCUAACCGUGCUGCAGUUCUUUAUUUGCAGUGUAGACGUAUUCUUUGGGUAACAUUUUCUAAAAGUGUUAAGUGACAUAAAAAGAAAAGGAGGACUUGUGGUACCUUAGAGACUAACACAUGUAUUUGAGCAUAAGCUUUCGUGAGCUACAGCUCAGAUAAAUGUGUUAGUCUCUAAGGUGAAUGAAUCUAAGUGUCACAAGUACUCCUUUUCUUUUUGCGAAUACAGACUAACACAGCUGCUACUCUGAAACCUGUCAUUAAGUGACAUAGGAGCCUAAGCCCCAUUUUCUAAAGGGAUAUAGGUACUUAGGAGUCUGGGUCCCAUGGAAAUUCACUUUUGAAAAUGGGCCUUAGGCUCCUCAGUCACUUAGACUUUUGAAAAUCCCACUCAUAAUGUUGUUCAUAAAUGUACGUUACAGCAAGGCUGCUCAAACAUUUCUGGGGCAGCUCAUGCUGUUCUCAAGCCCACAGGUGGAGUGUCGGGAAGGGCAGACCUGGGGGCCAAGUGAAAGCUGAGGUAGGAACCUUCAAUUUGCUCUUUUUUUUUUUGUUUUUGAGCUGCAUGUCUAAGUAUAACUUUAAUAAAAAGUUGUUCUAAUAGGCAAUCUGUGGUAGCCUCAACCAGGCCUCGUGAACAAGAAGAGCUCUGUGUAGCUCAGAACCUUGUCCCUCUUACUAACAGAAGGCAAUAAAAGAUAUUCUCUCACUC